AGGUGUUGGAUUCAGUUUCUCUCUCUUUAGACAGCUUGGAGCAUGUUUAUGUAGUUCCCUCACAGGGAGUGGGCUAGUGAUGGAGGUCUACUUUCUUCUUCAGCCAAGAGCAUCCACAUGAGACUAUUGGACCAUAAGACUAACUGAUCCUUUAAAAUACAGACUGAAAUGCAACAAAUUGGGAGUAUUCUGAUUAAGAUCAGUUCUUGGGGACUUUUUAAAAAAAUUAUUUUUUUUUUCAUUUUGGAGCUGGCAGCCUCACAAAUCUGAGGGAGAAAGAGGAAAGUCUUUUGAGGAAAUCCUUUAAUUGUUUGCCUUUAAAAAGACGCUUUCAUAUAAAAGACUCAUCACCAUUAUAAAACUUGUAAUUAAUGGCAUCUCUGAAACAACCUACUGGUAACCUUUGCUUUGCCCUGCAAUGCCAGAGCCCUACUACAACAUGUUAAGAUUCAAUGGAAGAACCUUAAAUGGGAGUAGAUUGCUGUGUCUUUAUCUUCAAGGCAGAGAGAAGAUGUUAAAAGGCUGCACGUUUAACUUUUAGCUCUAUCAGCUGUCCAGCUAACUGGUUGUUUCUCACUGGAUAUGUUUCUAGCGCUCUCCUGAAUGGGUCUCUUGAUAGCUUCUUUCUUAAAUACCACUUCUUUCGGACUUCAGAGGCUCUUUGGGCAGGGGCAAGGCACGCAUUCAUGGUCACACAACAGCAUGUCAACCUCUUCUUUCUAAAGCCCUGGUGGUGUAUAGCCUUGAAGUUACUGAAGAAACAUCACUUACGUAGCACUGUUCUCCUUUCAGGAAUUGUCAUCCAUCACUAUGAAAAACAAGAUCCUGUGAGUUUGUUUCAAGCUUUCUGCCUCAUCACCCGCUUCAGAUAAGCCUUGCUCCGAGCUCUCCUGGGGUUUGUCCUUGGGGAGACAUGGCCUUCCGCGGCUGGAAGCGGCUCCUCCUCUUGGGCAGGCAGAACACCUUUGCCAAGGCUUGGAGGAGCAGGAGGGGAGGCCCCUCUCUGCGCUGGAAGCGCUGCUGCCAUUGGAGCGCCAGCAAGUCUCUGGACCCCGAGGUGAGAGCGUUUUUGGAGGAGAACACGGAGGUCACCAGCAGCGGGCACCUCACGCCAGAGAUACGACUGCGCCUCCUCACCCCUCGCUGCAGGUUCUGGAGGGAAAAACCUGACCUGUGGCCUUACGGGGACCCGUUCUGGGCAAUUUACUGGCCAGGAGGCCAAGCCCUUUCCAGGUAUAUUUUAGAUAAUCCACGGGUUGUUAAAGGACGAUCGGUUUUGGAUCUUGGAAGUGGAUGUGGAGCAACAGCAAUAGCUGCUGUGAUGAGUGGUGCAUCACAAGUCCUUGCUAAUGACAUUGACCCUAUUGCAGGAAUGGCAAUGAUCUUGAACUGUGAACUGAACCACCUGAACCCCUUCCCCAUCACCAUUAAGAACAUCAUUAAUUCAGAGGCUGGCAACUGGGACCUGAUUGUUCUAGGAGAUAUGUUUUAUGAUGAACAACUUGCUGAUGGUCUGCAUCACUGGCUGAGGAAAUGCAUCAAGAUACAGCAAACUGAAGUGCUGAUUGGUGACCCUGGCAGGCAUCAGUUUUUAAGCCACAGCAUUCACAGUCAAUUGCACAAAGUUAUAGAAUAUUCACUUCCCGAGUAUACUAGACAAGAAAACAAUGGAUUAACAUCAAGUAUUGUCUGGAGUUACCAGCCCUCAAAUAGCUUAGAAAACUGUUGAAGCUGGUUUUGUAAUGAAUUUUGUCUCACUUGGUUGGCUUUUUUGCAAGUAUGUAAAAUGAAAGUGGGAAUUAAACAUGGAACGUAUCUGUUGAUGCAAAGUAGAUUACCUUCACUGUACUGAUUUCAGACAUACUCAGAGGCUUUCGCUCCAUUUGAGGUAAAAACUAAGUGCAAACUGUAUUCAAGGGGCCCUGCGCUGAAGUGCAAAUCCAAAGACAAGUUACAUGUAAGAGUUUGCAUGCUUGAUGUUUUUCGUGUGUAUUCAUGUCUUGCUCUCCGACACUAUUGUGAAAUGUUUUGGACAUCAAGCAUACUGCUGUGGGGAGAAGGCGAUGGCUGAAAGAUUACUGCACUGCUUUCGCAGACUUCUGCAGCUUAUUUACAGAGAAAAUUACUGCUGUCCUUCAUAAAACUCUCCACUAGAUUAUUAGCUCAUACUAUGCUCAACUUAAAGUGCCUUGCUCUUUUUCUGGAUAUCUCUUCUGAACAUCAAAGUAACUAAAUUGAACCUUCCCCCCUAUAAUAAAAAUUUAUUCUUCCUUGAAGCUGCC